GCGGGGUCGUAUUGUUUGUGAAAUUUCCGCGGCAUUUUUACCUGUAUAUUUCUAAGCCUUUUCAGAACUAUAACCUAUGGUUUGGGAAAUAUGGCCAGUAGUCUUUAGACUGCUUGUGUGGACACCACUGUAUGCGUUUUUAGUUGGUGCUGACGGCGAUCACUGCUCACGAUACCACUCAAGACUUGUCAGGAACGCUCUUAGAGAGCACUUCUUUCCUGCUUAUGACCAACAUAAGGUGGAUGUACCACUGAGUUGUCUGCUGCAUGAGACCCAUGAUGUGUUCAUUCGCCAUGAGAUCAAUAAAGAAGAGGAGCACGUGUCCCGCUGGACAUGUAAUUUCUGUGGCAAGGCCUUUUACAGUGAACACUACAUUGACAUGCACAUGCAAAACCGACACAAGGAUUUCCUCAUACAGGAUUCAUCAGUUUGUCUGGCAGACUACUGUGAUGUGUUCAGAUGUGUCGUCUUGAAUGACCAAAAGAAGGAGUGGUUCUGGGAGAGAGCACUUUGCAAGCAUGAGAAGAUGGCUGCCUUGAAACGGCGCUGUGAGGUAUUGAUGCAUGGCUGUAUGCCAGUUGCAAAUGGUACAUCUGAUACUCCUUACAAGGUUUAUGAAACUGUUUGGAGUAACGUCUGUUCACUGUUGACAUGCAAAGAUUAUUGGAAGCCACCAUAUGAAGAGAUGCCAACAUGGAGGAUUAUUGUCUAUGCGGUCUUUAGCCCUUUUUUCGUCAUGGCACUUAUUGUGUACUACUACUGCGUCUGGGAGUACUACUAUGGAGAUCUUUUCCACGACUCCUCGUCUGAGAUGGAGCAACGAAGCGACAGAUACGUGAGCUCCUGGCAGAGAGAGGGAGAUUUGCGGUACCGUGCAAGGUCACGCCCUUUCCACUCGGGACAAGUACAGAUGUACUGAGAAUAGGGCAUCCUUGGCAUAUUGACAUCGGCCCUUGGUCACGCCCUUUCCACUCGGGACAAGUACAGAUGUAAUUAGAAUAGGGCAUCCUUCGCAUAUUGACAUUGGCCCUUGGUCACGCCCUUUCCACUCGCGACAAGUACAGAUGUACUGAGAAUAGGGCAUCCUUGGCAUAUUGACAUUGGCCUUUGGUCACGCCCUUUUUACUCGGGACAAGUACAGAUGUACUGAGAAUAGAGCAUCCUUGGCAUAUUGAUAUUUGCCCUUGGUCGCGCCAUUUUCACUCGAGACAAGAACAGAUGUACUGAGAAUAGGGCAUCCUUGGCAUAUUGACAUUGGCCUUUGGUCACGCCCUUCUUACUCGGGACAAGUACAGAUGUACUGAGAAUAGGGCAUCCUUGGCAUAUUGACAUUGGCCUUUGGUCACGCCCUUUUUACUCGGGACAAGUACAGAUGUACUGAGAAUAGGGCAUCCUUGGCAUGCAACAUAGGCCUUCGACGACGCCCAUUUUAAUUGGGCCGUUUACAGAUGUACUCAGAGUAAUGCUUCUGUGGCUGUUGAUCCCGGAUCGCGCUCUUUUACUAGAGACAAGUUAAUAUGUACUCGAAGUAGGCCACACUAGAAACAAUUGCCAUUUUGGACAUACUAAAAAAGAGCAUACGGAGAAUUUCAGAUUUACCGUGCUGAAAAUUAAUUAAUAUGGUUUUGCUCUAAAGUAUGGUGUGGACUAUUAACAUCACAAUGACCUCACUUCCGCCCUAUCAAAUCCCACCAAUCACCAACCCUCCUCUCCCCACUCCAAAGUCCAAAGAGCUUUGAUCACAGGGGACAUUAGUGCAGUGUCAAUACAUCUUUGCCUACUGGACAGAGUUACCAAGAGCAUAAAUCGUUUUUGUCUUGCGCCAGCGCUCUUUAAAACUAGAUUAUUUUAUUUGUUGUAUAUAAUAGAAAAUUCAAAUAAAAUCUUAUUUUGUUGUG